AUGUUCGAGAUUACCUUGGUCCUUCUCCUCCUCCUACGAAGUCAAAAAGGCUUAGAAAGAGGACGGUGGUGCGAAGGAACUGCAGCAGCUCCCACCGCCACUUCUAACAAGAAUGAAGAGCUCAGAGAGGCUUUUGAGGCUGUGGAGCAAGAGAAGGAGCUGGAGGGGGUGGAAGAAGAGGAAAUUCCUACUAAGAAACAGCAGGAAGAUAUAAGGGCAGGGCUGACUAGCUCAGAGCUGGCCCUAUUUGAGGAUCCAGAGGCAGAACACUCUACUGCUGUUCCAGCAGCUGAGGAGCAGGCAGGACAGUCUGCGUCAGAACCUGUGGACCAGGCUGUGGUGGUACCAGAAGCUGGAGUGGGAGUGGCUGUAUCUGCUCCUGAAGUUAUGAAGUGCCCAAACCUGUUGGUGCCCCUGUCAGUGGUGACUAACCCCUUGAAGCCCCCAAUUGUUGCUAUGCCUAUUCAUUCCCCUCCAGGUUCAUCUAUCACGGCCUCCUUUGCUGAUCUAGAACUGGCAGAGUUUGAAGCCAUGGACUUAGAUGCCCAACUAGACAGAUUGGAGAUGCUUAGCUCUCCUGUAGGUAAGGCAAAAUCCAAGGCAGUGGAGGAGGCUUUGGAGAGGUUGAAGAUCUGA